AUGUCAGAUCCAGAACCACACCCAUCUGCACAUGGGUUCUACCCACCAAAGUCUGCAAUAUCUAAAGGAAGCCAUGCUUUGGUCACUGUUGUCACUGCAGGUCACUCAAGGAAGGAUGACACCAUCCCUGUCCUUUUGGUGAUGCAAGCUGCACAAGCAGAUGUCUUUGAUGUUGGUGUUCCAUUCUAUAACCCCAUCACAGUGAUCAAGACACUACCCCUUGAUCCUUGGAGCAAUGGCCUUAUGGUUCCAUUACUUCUAAUAAAGGACCUCCUGCCUGAAGAGGCAUCUGGUUUUCACAGGAAUUGCAUGGAAGUGGGGUGA